AUGAGUCGUUCCCAGGUGCUGUUGACCUUCAGGGAUGUGACCAUAGAUUUCUCUCAGGAGGAGUGGGAGUGCCUGGACCCCGCUCAGAGGGCCUUGUACCGGGAAGUGAUGAUGGAGAACUAUAGGAACCUGGUCUCCCUGGAGCCUUACAAAUGUAAUGAUUGUGGGAAGGCUUUUAGAGGAAGCUCAAACCUCACCAAUCAUCAAAGAAUUCAUUCUGGGCAGAAACCUUACAAAUGUAAUGACUGUGAUAAAUCCUUUAACCGGAUCUCACACCUCACUAGACACCAGAGGAUCCAUACUGGAGAGAAACCAUAUAAAUGUGAUGUGUGUGGCAAGGUCUAUAGUCAACAUUCAAAUCUUACAAUUCAUCAGAGAGUUCAUACAGGAGAGAAGCCUUACAAAUGUGAAGAAUGUGGCAAAGCCUUUACCGAAUUUGCAAAACUUACUAGACAUCAGAGAAUCCAUACCAGAGAGAAACCAUAUAAAUGUAAUAUAUGUGGCAAGGGCUGUAGUCAAAAUUUAAAUCUUGCACAGCAUCAGAAAAUUCAUAUGGGAGAGAAACCUUACAAAUGUAAUGAAUGUGGCAAAGCCUUUUCUGAUCAAUAUUCAAAUCUUAUAAUUCAUCAGAGAGUUCAUACAGGAGAGAAGCCUUACAAAUGUAAGGAGUGUGGCAAAGCCUUUAUGGAGGGUUCAAGCCUUACUCAACAUAAGAGAAUCCAUAGUGGAGAAAAGCCUUACAAAUGUAAAGAAUGUGACAAAGCCUUUAGCCAGUCCUCUAACCUUGUCAUACAUCAGAUGAUUCAUACUGGAGAGAAGCCUUACAAAUGUGAUGAGUGUGGCAAAGCCUUUAAUGUGUGUUCAAGCCUUGUCCGGCAUCGAAGAAUCCAUACUGGAGAGAAAACACUGUGA